UAGUUUUGCGUAUUAUAGUGUGUACAUUUUUUAGAUUAUUUCUACUGCUAGUGUGCUCAACUCACGCCUUUAGAUUUGACUAUCUUGCCUGUACAAUGGAGGAGACAUCAUACAAUUCCGGUAAAUUGUCCGAUGCAUCUCCCGUUGGAUCCAUAAGCUCCGCUGAAAUCGCUAACGAGUUCUCUGGCCUUUCAGCAGAAGAGCAAACGGCGCAGCGUGAAGAAUGGAGUCAGGAACUAGCACGCGUUGAGGAAGAAAUAACAACAUUGCGAACGGUGCUUCAAUCAAAGAUGCGUCAUGCCAGCGAGUUGAAGCGUAAGCUUGGUAUCACUGUGUGGAAGGAAAUUACUGACGACGUCAGUCAAGGCUUCAAGAAUGUUAAAGAAAGCAACGUUUAUCAAAGUGUCGAAACGAAGGUUGGCGAAAUAACAACCGUUGUUACGAAUGCUCCGAUUUACCAAAAAACGGAAAGCGCUAUCAAAACGACAGCUGGCAAGACGACAUCUGUGAUCGGCGGAAUAGCGGGGAAAAUGACCCAAAAGUUGACAGAAAUGAAACAAUCAGAUUCGUUCCGAUCCUUUGAAGAACGGGUUGGAUCGGCGUAUGAAAAUGUUAGGUCCAAGGUUUCCUCACGUUCGAGCUCGGUGCAAAGCUUGUCGGAUAUUCAAAAUGACGAGCGCCGCAACUCCGUGACUACACCAACCGCAAUCCCAGAAGAAAAACCCAUCCCUUAAGUAAACCAGCGACAUGUGUUGUUCAUGUGUUAACUAACGAUCAACUCUCGAUCGAUCGAUCAGGAUUCAGGAUACAGCAACGUGAUCGGCGACAGGAUCGAAACGAAUGAUUUUAUUUAGCUUCGUGUCGCUGGAUAUAUCUAUCGAUUGUGCUAAUUUAUGUUUCAUAGUUAACGCUAAAGGUUCACGCCUUUACCAUGAGCAGUGUAAAUCUUUUAGAGAAAAAACAACCACAAAUGAGCCGAUUAUAAAUUUCACGAGAUAUCGGCACAACUUUAAUGCUAGUGUCACAUUUACGUUGCAAAAUUAUAACACUAUUUGCAAAGGAAAAAAACAAGUAUACACAGCAAAUACUGAGUGGCGGUUUAUUUUGUAGCAAACAGAGUAUGUAUCGCAUUACCAUGAUAAUCAGUAGUGGGCGGUCCCUAUCAAACACAGGAAAAACAUCUCACCCUGGGACGACAUACCUAAUGCCUAAUAACAGAAUUCACACUUUUGUUUCAAGUUGAACUCCGGUGCAUCUCAUUGUAGUGUCGCUUCAUGUUCGAAAAUUCCUUACUUCGGCUUACUGACAUAGAUUCCGUUAGGUCACUCUAAAACCAUCAAGCCCUUUUCAUCCGUUCAACGUUUGUACCGCGGUGCUAUUUCCUUAAAUAGGAUAAGAUUGCUCUCGUAGCACAUUCUCAAGUGUCCAGCAAGCCAUUCCUGUUAUUCUGUGUGGUUUCUGUUAGCUAAUGGACGACAUUUCUCUAGGACGGUAAUGUUAGCUAGGACAUGUGUAGCUUUUGCAAGUUAGCGAACAGGGAUCAUGGCAUGUGAAAGUGAAUUGUAACCAUAAACGCGUACCCAUAAACUCUACAGGUGCCUCAAUUCAUAGUAAUCAUCUAGGUUAAUUUUCUGUUGAUGUAUACAUGCACAUACAUUUUCUUAACAACAAAAACACGAUUAAAUAAUAAUUGUUAUAGAUUUUCUGGCAAAUCCAACACGUAUGUGAAAAGUACCUUCUCUUAGCUAGACUUUCCUCGUACUGACCACCACAAGGGAGCAAUCCAUCGAUCGCCCUUGUUGAAGUAGCUAAGCCUGCCUCUUGAACAGAUGGAGAGAUUAUUAUUUAUCCCCUUCCAUCCCUUUUCUCACACGUUCGAACUUAUCGAAAUACCGCUAAGAAAUUUAAGCUAUUUAAGUAUACACAGCUGAAUAAAGCGUACAUUCAUAAAUCAUAAUCUCUUCUUUAUCGAGCAUCUUUAUGGAACGUGAACGACGAGCAUCGUAGCAGCGUCCAGACAUACUGGAUGUUACAAUUGUUAAAAACAAGUAAAUAGAAGCAUGCAGAAUGGGACACAAUCGUUUUACAAAUGUUGCGCCUUGAGGAAUGCUGCUACGUUUAAAUUAUAGAGGAAUGAAUAAAAACUUGCGAUUUUUGGUGUAUCUAUUUUUACCCCGUU